ACAAAGGUGUUGUUUGUGGGUGGUGAAAAUAAUUAAAGGUAUAGAAGAAGAAGAAGAAGCAGAAGAAGAAGAAGAAGAAGAAGAAGAAGAAGAAGAAGAAGAAGAAGAAGAAGAAGAAGAAGAAGAGAAUUAUGGGAGGGGAGUGGAAAGGAUUAGUGCAACUGCUGGUGCCAAUAAGUAUUCAUUUGGUUGCAGAGGAGAUGACCAGAUCUGUUCUGGUUGAUGUCACCACCAAAGCUCUCUGCCAUCCCUAUUCCUCUUGCUCUCAAGCUAUUUACAUCACUGGACUCCAACAAACUGUUGUUGAGUUAUUCAGGAUGGUGGUUGUUCCUAUACUUGGCCAGCUUUCAGAUGAUUAUGGUAGAAAACCGUUCCUACUUCUCGCUGUAUCGACGACCAUCUUACCUUACAUUUUUCUUGUCAUUAAUCAGUCGACGGGUUUUGUGUACGCAUACUAUGUUCUUGGCAUGUUAUCUAACAUAUUCAGCUGCAAUGGCAACCUUUUCUGCCUCUCCUUUGCCUAUGCGGCGGAUGUUAUUGACGAGAGCAAUAGAUUUGCAGUUUUCAGUUGGAUGACUGGCCUCUUUUCGGCUUCCCGUGUCCUCGGAGAUGCCUUGGCGCGUGUUCUUCCCGAGAGCAUCAUCUUUCAGGUUUCAUUAGGUCUCUUGAUAUUCGUCCCCGUGUAUAUGGCAUUGUUUCUAGUGGAGACAAUCAAGCCAACAAGCAGAGCGAAUCAAAGUUUUCCUCAAGUGAAUAAGGCCAAAAGGAUUCUAUGGGAGCGAUACGAAUCUAUGCGAUCUGCUGCACGUAUUGUCCUCAGCAGUCCAACACUGAAGUGUGUCAUUCUAAUCUCUUUCUUCUUCAAGUUGGGAGUUUCCGGCAUUGAUGCGGUCUUGUUGUAUUAUUUGAAGGCUGCGUUUGGAUUUGACAAAAACCAGUUGUCAGAAGUUCUGAUGCUGGUGGGAAUAGGUUCAAUUAUAUCUCAGAUGGUGGUGCUUCCGGUUAUCAAUCCGUUCGUUGGGGAAAAGCUGAUCUUUUUUGUAUCCUUGUUGUCAUCACUCGCAUAUGGUAAAGUGUUGGGAUUUGCUGCGGGGGUGAGAGCAAUGGCGUAUUUUUUGUCCCCGUUGGCAAUGACCCCAUUGACAACUUUGUUCUUGUCUGAGAAUGCUCCAUUCAACUGCAAGGGGUUCAGCAUUAUAUGUGCUUCUAUGUGCUUUGCCAUCUCCUUGUGCUGCGUAUGCACGCUGCCCACACAGACACUGCCAAACAAGGCCUCCGAAGACGACAGCAUUGAAACGCCGCUUCUUUAUUGAAGACAAAGCGUGAAAUUCAGCAGGAUUUGGAUGUUGGCAUUACUUUUAUCAGCAGUUUUAUCAUGUAUGGUAGUAAGCAAAUGUACUUUGCCAGAGUUAGGAUGGAGGAAUGGAGUUAGUGUUGUCUUCAUUCAAAAUGUAUAGUGUUGUAAGUUGCAGAACUUGGAUGGCAAAAGUUACUGCCCAUUUAUCAGUCUCACAAAGUUGCAGAACUCUCUGUAGCACUAUUAUCAUGUUAAUAACAAUAAUUAUAAUACAAAUUG